UGCUAAAUAUAAAGGAAAUGGUAACACAAUAAAAUAACAGUAACGAGGCUAUGUAAAAGGAGCAAGGGUACCGAGUGGAAUAGAACUGAUGAACCCCGCGAACAGGCGAACAGCAUCCACGAAGGCAGACGCAGCCAUUUAAUUGGGAUUACUUUAAAAUCAUUCAUUCAAACAUCCAAACGUUUUUAUUUUGACGUUUUGUCGACUAGACAUGCGAUAUGAAUAUACAUUUUUGUCAUUUUCAAUAGCCUAUGACAAAUCAAAUGCGCUCCCAUCGUCCGCCAGGCAGACACAUGCAAUGUGGACCUUCACCGGACAACAACACAGACUGGCUGCAAAUUACUGGGUGCUGAAUGUAAUGGAGAAAGGACAAAUGAGUCUGUUAUGUAGAAAGGAUCCUCAGAGCUCCCUGUAAGUGGGACAGAGACAUCCACCAGGACGGACGAGAGGAGGGCUGCCUGAGGCGGAAGAGUGGCGUCGGUCAGAGAGAGAGAAGGGGUAGAAUCACCCUAGCACCCCGCCCCUAGAAUCCCAGAGCUGGAGGCAUGUCUAACCAGACCCAGAUCUUUGGCAUUGAUGGACCAGGCAGCCUGUUGGCAGUGUUGGCUUCACAGAGGGCCAGCAGCAUCAGCACCAGCAGCAGUGAAGGAAUCUCGGCUGCAGCUGUGUCCGCCUACAUCAAGCUGGUAUUCCUGGGCCUGAUCCUCUGUGUUAGCCUGGUGGGCAACCUGCUGGUGUCUCUGCUGGUCCUCCGAGACCGGGCCCUCCACAAGGCCCCCUACUUCUUCCUGCUGGACCUGUGCCUGGCUGAUGUUGUCCGCUCUGCCGCCUGCUUCCCCUUCGUCCUGGUGUCUGUCCACAACAGCUCCGCGUGGACCUACAGCACCUUCAGCUGCAAGGUGGUGGCUUUCCUGGCUGUGCUCUUCUGUUUUCACGCUGCCUUCAUGCUGUUCUGUGUGGCUGUGACUCGCUACCUGGCCAUCGCCCAUCACCGUUUUUAUACCAAGCGCAUGACAGUCUGGACCUGCGCUGCCAUCAUCUGCAUGGUGUGGACUCUGGCCAUCGCCAUGGCAUCGCCACCCGUCUUUGACGUGGGGACGUACAAGUUCAUUCAAGAUGAGGACCAGUGCAUUUUCGAGCACCGCUACCUUAAGACCAAUGACACUCUGGGCUUCAUGCUCAUGCUGGCCGUCGUGGUCCUGGCCACUCACGGUUUCUACGCCAAACUCCUGCUGUUUGAAUACAAGCACCGCAAGAUGAAGCCUGUCCAGCUAGUGCCGGCCAUCAGCCAGAACUGGACCUUUCAUGGACCAGGAGCCACGGGCCAGGCAGCAGCCAACUGGAUCGCAGGCUUCGGCCGGGGCCCAAUGCCCCCCACCCUGCUUGGGAUCAGGCAGACUUUGCACAACCAGCAGCACCGGCGUCUGAUGGGCAUGGAGGAGGUGAGGACGGAAAGGAGGCUGGGCAGGAUGUUUUACAUCGUCACCCUGUUGUUCUUGGUGCUCUGGGCUCCCUACAUAAUGGCCUGCUUCUGGAGGGUGUUUGUCAAGUCCUGCUCCAUCCCACACAGGUACCUCUCCAUCACAGUGUGGAUGAGCUUCGCCCAGGCAGGGGUCAACCCUAUCAUCUGCCUCCUACUCAAUGAGGACUUGAGGAAAGUGCUGAGGGCCCACCUGCCCACCUACAGCAGGACUAGACAACACCAACAGCUGCACCGCCAUGAGCUGUUGGUGUUCACCAUCACAUGAUGCACUACUGCAGGGGUGUCAAACAUACGGCCCGUGUGGGGGGGGGGGGGGGGGUCCAAUCCAAUUUCAAUGUACAAUGUAUUUUUAGAAAAACAUUUUUUUGAGUGGAAACAAACUCAAUAUACUUUAAAAUGACUAAAACCAUAUCGAAACUGUGUAGAAAUGAUAAUGGACCUACAUUCAUAAGGUUUCUUGACUGGGUCCAGUUAUCACCGAAAUGAAAGCUAGACAGAGCAUCGGGGAAAAAAAUAAAAAAUAUGGAUAGACUAUUUUGACGCAGAGGAAAUAUAAACCAUUUUCAGUGCGGCCCUCUGUACCUCGUUGAAGACCGAAUGCGGCCCCUGGGGCAAAAUGAGUUUGACACCCCUGCUCUACUGCAUCGAGUGAUGGUGGUGGGAUCGGUGUGUUUUGUUUGUAUUAUACUGAAAUGGCUAUCUGACUUUUUUUGUUGUUGUAAAGAUAAUGUUUAUCAGAUGCUACUAUUUUUGCAAAUGAAUUAUGACUUUGUUUCAUAUGUAAUGUACAUAUCGUGUGUACAUGCAGUAUGAGAAGCAGGUUUGUAGUAAUACUUGGUCAUUAACAUUAUCCACAGAUUCUCAUUUAUAUGGCUGAAAAUGUCAAAACUAUUAACAGUGAUUUUCUCUAGUUCAAUGGAGGGGGUUGCAACGGUCACCAAAAAAAGCAAAGCGUAGGUUAUCAUCAGCUGCAUAUGGAUAAUGCAUCUAGAUUGGAGAGAAUCUCAUGUGAAUUGGAAUAGGACCCAUAUAUUUUUUGGUAUUUUCUUUAACCAUCAGGGAACCACCAAUAUAACCUGGGCACAAGUUUGUGCCUUCUAUAUUCCAAAUUAUCAUACAAAUCUAAUGACAUUCACUAACUUAAACAAGAGCAAUGUUUGGAAUUCAGUGCCAAUGAUUUGACUUAAAUAUGUCGGAACAUUCCCUUGUUCAAAGACAACACUUUCUCAAGAUAGAGAGCAACAAAGUAGCAUGCUUUCCAACAUUUUUUUAUGGUUCCCCAGACUGAAGUUUGCAAAUGUUUGACAUUGAAAAACCAACUGAGAAGUGAAAUGGGGUAUGGCUUUGUUUUCUAAGAUAUCCUGUUGUACAGUAUUUAAAGGGAUUGUUUUUCCCCCAACUCACCAAUAAAGUCUACUUUUGAUGCAUUU